AUGAAUGCGUUAAACAUCUAUGGAGUUGUCGCUGGCGGCAUUCUUGUAGCACUGUGUAUGGCUAGGGCGACUAGUCUAUUGGCACGAUGGGCAAAAGUAACAGAUUCUCUUAUUACCAAACACUUGACCCUUCCUUAUAUCGUCCGUCGGCACCAGCUUUAUGGUCCAUGGAGCCGAGGUAGUAUUCUUCUUCACCUGUCUUAUAUUACAGUCAAUAUCUUCCUGGUUUUCUUUGGGGAUUUCUCAUUAACUAGCGCUGGUCGCCGGGCUGGGGCCUUGGCUUUGAUUAACCUAACAUUUCUUCUUUCUGCGAUGCAUCUUAGUUUCUUGGCUGAUUAUCUGGAUAUCACCUUGAGAAAUUACAAGAGAAUUCAUCGUGCUGUUGGUUGGAUAGCGAUUGCACUUCAAACUUUCCAUAUCAUGAUGGCAGUCCUGGUUUCGAGGGUGGAUUUCCCAGUCCAUGAGCCGGAAAAUUUCGCCGCGAUCCUUGGCGCCGCGUCUUUAGGGAUCCUGGCCAUAUUAUCCCUUCCAUUAUUUCGCAGACGGGUUUACGAGGCAUUUCUACGGGCGCAUCAAGUUCUUGUCGGAGUGUAUGUCUAUGGCGUUCUGAGACAUAUCCCUAAAAGGAGCCACUCCUCGAGGUUAUACAUCUAUAUCGGCCUCGGUACUCUGGGAUUGACCUCGGUGUUGCAGUUGAUAAUGCUUCUCUACCGAAAUGGCCUGUUUGCUGGUCGUGGUCCCCCCAGAGCUAUAGUAUCCUACCACCAGGGAGAGAAAGCAGAAGACUAUGAUAAUAUAAAAGGCGGUAUCAUUAAGAUACGGAUCAUCCUCCCUCGAUCAGUCAAGAUGCCGACAGUAAGUCUCUGGUCGUGGACACAAACGCACCCCUUCACCAUCACGUCUUGGUCACGAGAGAAGCAAGAUUCUCUGGAUCUGUUCGUGCAGCCACGCCAAGGUCUCUCCGCCGAUCUACUUCGAUAUGUGCGCCCGAUCACCGAAGGCUCCGUUUCUUUCUUGGCGCUUUUCACAGGACCCCACGGGCAUUACGAGCCAGUCAGUGGCUACGAAAGUGCACUUGUUGUCGCGAGUGGAUUUGGAAUCGCCACGGCGAUCCCAUACAUAAGGCAAAUGAUAUAUGGGUACAACACCUGCACGUCCCAAAUCCGUCGACUGCACCUGGUUUGGCAGGUUGAAUCAAUGGACAUCGCGAUUGCAGCCCAGAAAUUACUAAACAGCAUGUUGGCGGACGAUGUUAUGGAUGAUGGAUAUAUACUCAAUAUUUCAAUAUACAUGGACAAAGCCCAGCUCGCGCAAAGUAGGUUACCGUUUGGUGAGCACAAGAGGGCCUUUCUCUACCAGGGCACUCUGGGUUAUCGGGAUAUCAUCUCCCAAGAAGCGUCCGGCGCUCUGAUAGAGAGGCUCCCCAAUAUCCGCGACGAGCCAGGCGAGACACUAGUAAUGGUUUCUGCGACGGAUAACAUACGAGACCACAUACGGGAGGUGACCCGAGACUAUCUCCAUCAGCGUGUGAACUUUCUAGAACUAGAGUAUCAGCCAUGCUCCUGA